AUGCCAGUGGGGAGCCUUCUCAGGAGGCUGACGCUGCUGGGGACGCCGCGCGAAUCGGUAGUGUCGACGCUUCAGGAACCGCUCCCCAGGUCCCACCCGAGUACCGGCAUUGGCGAGAACGCCCACCAGCAGCAGCGGCGGCAGCUGCGGCUACACCACCUGCACCCGGCCGCGCGAGAGACCGAGUUCUCGCACGUCUGGUGGACCGACAUCAACUGGGCUUCACGCGGCCGCGGCCCACGGCCCACGGCGCUGGUCGUGGUGUCGCUUGCCGUCUCGGACGGACACAUGGCGGCGCAGGUGGGGGCCGCCGUAGAGGCCAUCGCGCGCAACCUGCGCUUGAGGCUAUUCGCCCCGGGCUUAAUGCCGCACCGCGGUGUCAUGGGGGAGACGUACGAGCUCGCGAUGCGCCUGCGGCCCGAGGCGGGGACGCCUGCCGAAGAGGAGGAGAGGACGGGACGGAGAGGGCGUGAGAGACGGCGAAGACAAUCCAUGUCGACCGCUCCAGGGGCCGGUGGAGGAGGAGCCCCAGCAGCGGGUAGUAGCAGCAGCAGCGUCAACACCAGCGCCAGCUCGGGCCUAAGCCCCACCACCACCACCACCACGACGUCCUCGUCCCACAGGGUCGUCUCAGUCGUCGACGACUAUGGCGACACAGUGGGCGAGGCUCACCCGCCACAGCCGGUGCAGAUGCUCUUUUUCGACUCGCGCGCGCGCCUGCGGACGGCCGAGGACGCAAACGUGUGGGUGGUGCGCGCCUUUGCCGACUGCCUGAAGGCCGACACGUGGAUGCCGCUCGACCACCUGCUGGGUCUAGGGCCCUUUCUCAGCUGCCACUGGGCGCUGACUUACUCACUCGGGGAUGGUGCUGUUGCUGCCGGCUGCGGGACAUGGCCGAACAUUCCGAGUGCGCCGUGGUGUUUAGUAGGAGGCUGGGCCAGGACGUAA